GUAUUUCAUAUAACAAAAAAGUAUAUUGGCGAUGGGGGCGGCAAUGUUAGGUUGUGUUGCACGAAUGCUGUCCUUGAGUUGUUCUUCGCCUUAACAAUGUUCGAGUUCUCCCUGGUUUUGGUCACGACUUUAUUCGGUUUCAAGAGGUAGCAUGUACGGGUGUCGAUAUGGAGAUCACUUCACUAUCAUCGUGCACGUAUAACACUUGUUCCAUCUCAUCGUCACCGUAUGGUUACCGUCCGAGUCGAGGAGUCAGCAUCGUCUUUAUAUCAAGCUUCACAUCAAGCUUUAUUGGCCUGCAACUCAUUACUCUGCAUACUAAAAAAUGGCUCUCGUUCAGCAUACCAUUGUCUAUAACUUGCCUGUUUGAGAUGAUCGGUUAUGCCAUCCGUUUUACUAACUGGGACAACCCUUGGGACAUACACCUUUAUGCUGUGUCCGAAUUCUUCCUGACUAUAGCGCCGACAAUGAUGACAAGCAGCAUCUACCUCAUAAUAGAAAGAAUGCUGUUCAUUCUCGGCCGGGAGCAUUCAGUCGUCAAUCCGCGAUGGUAUCGCUUUUUUAUUUUGGCGGAUAUCAUCAGUCUCGCAACACAGCUCGUUGGACUUGGCAUUUCCAUGUGGGAUAUUGCUGCCACUUAUAACGCCGGGCCCGGUUCUGACAAGGGGGGGCGAGUUAUUGCUGUGGGCAUUGGCAUACACGCGCUGCUGCUAACGAUUUUCUUGGUUCUCUUCGUUGUUGCACUAGUACAAGCAAUAUUCGCCUAUCGCGAACUUGGAUAUACCACCUUUAAUCCUGAGGGAGGUAGAUAUAAAAGCCUGCAGCGGAGGUUCAAAAUAUUCCUUGCAGUAUUGUUGAUCGACGUUCUGUGUUUGCUGACACGGGAUGUAUAUCGAACCAUAGGUUUUGUCGAGGGGUUUGAUGGUGGAACCAGAAUCGAGGGAUGGUUUGCAUUGUUUGAUGGCUUGGUAGUGUCAGAGGCCGUUCUGGGCCUGGCUGUUCUCCAUCCUUCGUACGUGUUUACCGACUAUAGCAAGAAACAGGAGGCGGAUAAGCUGAGCACAUCAUCGCCAAUCAGCUAUGGAAGGCUCGUGAGGCAGUCCAUCAUCUAAACCGUACAUUUCGACCUUGAAAUUGAUUCAUUUAUUCCACGUCGUUGGUUUAUAAGCG